AUGCGACUUAUAUUGUUUGUCGGCGUACUGGUCGUCCUUGUUUGGCCGUACCAAGCCUAUCUCAUAUCUUCGUUCAAUAUUCAAGUAUUUGGAGAUAAAAAAAUGACCAAUCAAGAGGUGGUGAAUAUUUUACUUGAAAUCUUAAAGCGCUACGAUCUUGUUUGCAUCCAAGAGAUACGGGAUUCCGACGGAGAUUCAUUUCAGAAGCUUGUGGCCCUUCUGAAUGAGAAAUUUGAUCGAAAGAAUAUGUACUCGUCGUAUGCGGGUGAUCGAUUGGGUCGAACGAAUUCCAAAGAACAAUACGGGCUAAUUUACAAAUCGAAAAUGUUUGAAGUGACCGAUCAAAGAACCUAUCCAAACCAUCAGUCAAGAUUCGAACGACCACCAAUGCAAGCACAUGUGACCCCCAAAUCUGCCGGUAUUCCCAAUUUCGAGUUGCUGGUGGUUCAUUUGGAUCCACAAAAGGUUGCGGAGGAAAUGGAAGCGUUGUACGACGUUGCAGAAGAGAUCAAAGCCAAGGGCAAACAGAACAUCAUGAUACUCGGUGACAUGAAUGCCGGUUGUUCUUAUCUUUCAAAAAAGGCCAAACGAAAUUUGAGGUUUGUCACGGAUAGCAGUUAUACGUGGCUUGUCGGGGAUGAUAUGGACACCACAGUUGGAAAGUCCAGUUGUGCUUAUGAUCGGUCAGUGAUUGAUUGA